AUUUUAUUCCAAACAUUUGUUUGUCCACAACAUACACCUUUAUACCAAAAUUUGUCAUAUAUAUACACACUUCUUGAAUAUCCUAUCUUCGACAUGAACUCACUAGACUCUGACAGAAAUAGACUUAAAGAUGUCUUCAGUUUCCAAGUUCUUGAUUUUCAUCUUCUUUGUAUUCUUUUUUGUUCCUUGUUUAUGUGAUGAUGGCACAAACCUCAACAUUGCUUCCUGCCUAAUUCAACAAAGAAUUAGCAACUUCACAAUAUAUUCGAACCCGAAUAAUGGUAGUUCCAAUAUCUACUUUGAUCUCCUGAAUUUCUCCAUACAAAAUCUUCGGUUUUCAGCUACUUCAGUGCCUAAGCCAGUGGCCAUAAUAUUGCCAGAGACCAAAGAAGAGCUUGCCAGCAGUGUUUUCUGCUGCAGAUUAAGCAAUCUUGAAAUCAGAAUAAGGUGUGGGGGUCACAGCUACGAAGGCACUUCGUCUGUGGCCACUGAUGGAAGUGCUUUUGUUAUCAUCGACAUGAUGAAUUUAGACAGAGUCACAGUUGAUUCUAGACCAGACUUUGCAUGGGUGGAAGGUGGUGCAACACUUGGCCAGACUUACUAUGCUAUUGCUGAGUCGAGUGAUGUUCGUGGAUUUCCAGCAGGAUCAUGCCCAACUGUGGGGAGCGGUGGCCACAUUGCUGGUGGUGGAUUUGGUUUAUUAUCAAGAAAAUAUGGGCUUGCAGCUGACAAUGUGGUGGAUGUGCUUUUGGUAGAUGCAGAAGGCCGUUUGUUGGACAGGGAGGCGCUGGGGGAAGAUGUAUUUUGGGCUAUUAGAGGCGGAGGAGGAGGAAUUUGGGGUAUCGUCUAUGCCUGGAAGAUCAAGUUAUCAAGAGUGCCUAAAACUGUUACAGCUUUCACAGUGUCUAGGCCUGGUACAGACCUUCAAGUGACCAACCUUGUGGACAAAUGGCAACACGUAGCACCAAAGCUAGAUGAUGAAUUUUAUCUAUCGUGUUUUGUUGGUGCUGGACUGCCACAAAUGAAAGGCAAAAUAGGAAUAUCAGCAACAUUCAAAGGGUUUUAUUUAGGUCCUAAGACCCGAGCUUUGUCAAUCAUUAGCAAGCAAUUUCCAGAACUGGGAAUUACAGAAGCCGAUUGCAAAGAAAUGAGUUGGAUUGAAUCAGUUGUCUAUUUCUCUGGUUUGGAUGAUGGAAGCUCUGUUUCGGACCUAAAGAACAGGUAUCUGGAAAGCAAGGGAUACUUUAAGGCCAAAUCAGAUUACGUCCGAACUCCAAUACCAACUUCUGGAAUCAAAGAAGCUCUACGCAUACUGGAAAAACAACCAAAAGGGUAUGUCAUACUAGACCCUUAUGGUGGAAUCAUGAACAGAAUAAACAGUCAAUCAAUUGCUUUUCCUCACAGAAAAGGUAACCUUUUUACAAUUCAGUAUCUUGUCGAAUGGAAAGAAGCUGACAACAGUAAAAGCACAGAGUAUAUAGAAUGGAUACAAGGAUUCUACGACUCCAUGGAACCAUACGUUUCAUCAGGGCCAAGGGCUGCAUAUGUUAACUACAUAGACCUUGAUCUUGGAGCGUUUGAACUGAUCAGUACUAAUACUGCUACCCUCUCUGACGCUGUGGAAAGAGCUCGAGUGUGGGGAGAAAAAUACUUCUUAAAGAAUUACAAUAGAUUGGUUCAAGCCAAGACAACCAUUGAUCCCAACAAUGUGUUCAGAAAUCAACAAGGCAUUCCUCCAAUGUCUACUGUGGUUAAGUUUAAAGAUGAUGUAUGAGCAAAGAACUCUGAGUUAUUAUUCUAUGCCAAUACCCUCAAAAAAUCAUACAAGAUUUGAAAGUGAUCAUGCUAUUGCUUUA